AUAAAACCUAGAAAAACAAAAAAGGGAGAAGAAGACUAUAUGUUCAACUCAUUUCUGUUGAAGUGGUAAGAUGUCUGAGGUCAUAUUUUUUUCAAAUUUCAAAAGUUGAAGCCACAAGCCUGCCAAUAUUCAAUCAGCAAACAUGUCUAACAGAUAAUUUAAGAUAUUUUUUUUUGCAAAGAAAGAAAAUUUAGUUUCAUCAACUUUUCAGAAAGCAUUCAUCUUCUCAUGGUCACCCAAAGAAUAAGUGAGAUAAUGCUUUUUAUGUGUUUUAUAUAUUCUUAGAAUUUUGCUGCAAACCUCAAGCUUGUUAAUCUAAGAUCUAGAUUUCUCAUUUGUUUCCCAGCCCAGCUAAGCCUCUUUGUUCAGUCAUUCACCGUACAAAAUACCCAAAAGACAGUUACCUUGGUGACAGCUUGUAAACUAAACAGCCAGAAUCUAACUCUCAAUAUCAGAAGGAUUUGUGCUGAGAGAGGAAGGAUUUUCAAAGCUUAGCAGCUCUACAAUCAUAUUUCUUCCUUUCUUGAAAGUCUAUAAUCAAAUUGAAGAAACUUUUUGACAACCUAUCAAAGUAAUACAACUUCCUCCACUAAGAAAAAACAGUAAAAAGACAACGAUGCUAAUGAUCUUUCACAUAUUCUGAACUCUCAUUCACCAUUCAAGAAAUUUGACCUCCAGGAAGAUGGUCAUGGCAGGGAUACCUUAGCAGUUUGUUUAUCACACCCUCAGUAAUACAUCAGAAAACUUCUCUGUGUAUUACUCAGAAUAAUAUUGCAUAGUCUAUGGCUACUCCAAAGCCCAAGAAAUUGAAUUCCAGUCGAAAUGCAACAGGCACAGUGGUUAGAAUGCAGUCUGUAGGCUACUUCAGCUGACUGCUAGCUACAGUUCGACAAUUCAAAUCUCACCAGCUCAAGGUUGACUCAGUCUUCCAUCUUCCAAGGUGGGUAAAAUGAAGACCCAAAUUGUUGGGGGCAAUAGGCUGACUCUGUAAACCGCUAAGAGAGGGCUGUAAAAGCACUAUGAAGCGUUAUAUAAGUCUAAGUGCUAUUGCUAUAUCUACCAAUUGUGCAACCCACAAAAUACUAGUGAUCUCUGAGAAUAUAGAUAAUAUAAAUAAUAGUUGUGAUUUUGAUUGUUCUGAUAGUUGUCAGUGCCCAAGUGACAUAUUUCCUGAAGCAAAAGAAUCAGAAUGCUAAUCCUUCAAGACAAAUAUAUUUUUAAGUCCAAGUGUGCAGGAAAAAGAUUUAACAAGUAAGAGUAUCCCUAAAUUAGAUUAAGCAAAGCAGAAUCAUCAGAGGUGAAAACAUCACAACGAAAGUGAAAAAAGGCUGGAUUUGGAAGAUGCUUUAAUGACUUAAUAUCUUAGUAGGUCUUGAAUCAUCUGAUUCCACUUUGCCCAACAGAUGGUUUAAAUAGGAAAUGUAAUUGAAUCUGAAGCUGCUGAAAGCAAGAUUAUGCUUGUCCCAAAGAAAGAGCAUGCUGUCUAACAUAAACCAAAGCUUCAAUAUUUUUGCUCACAAGAAGAGUGGCAGAUAUAAAGGAAAUAGCAACAGAUGUCUUUUAAAAACUAAACUGUGUACCAAAAUGGCUCAGAACUUAAUAAUUUGGGGCAAGAGUUCCAUUCAGCAUCAAAAUAAGAUAAAAAAUCCUAUUUCUCAUUCUUUAGGAUUGUCUCAUGAAGAGACUAAGAUAUCUUCAAAACUUCAUAAAAAUAAUUUCCAACAGGAGAAAAACUGCUUCCAGCAAAAUGGUCAGAGUUCUACAAAGCAAGUGCUUCCCUGUAUUUCCCCAAAUUCUGUUAGUUUGAGAAAAUCAAUCUCUCCAUUGCCUGUUGGACAAGCAAAAUCCCCAGUAGACCAUUUGAAUUUGAAAUACAGUGACAUGUUCAAGGAAAUACAUUCUAACGACAAAGGUCCUGGUAUUUAUGAAAUGUUUGGGACUCCGGUAUAUUCCCGUAAGCCUGAUGGGUGUGGUGAGAAUAAGAGUAACAGGAAUGUGCGUUCUGCUCCAACUGUAUGGCAUAAUGGUAUGAAAUAUAAAUCCAACUGUUUCAGUGGGGAGAAGAGUAGCAGAAUAAAAAGCCCCCAGAAGAAAACAUACUCUAAAUCUCACAAGAAUGUUAGUAUUAAACCAAAAUUGAAGGAGAAGGAAGUUGCUCCAAAAAAGGCGUCCAAGUUAACAGGUUGUGGUCUAGAACAAGGCAAAGAUGUGACUGUCUCUUCUGCUGAUCUGCAGAUUCAGCCAAAAGAGAACACUGAAUCAAUUUGUGAAGAUACUGAUCAGCAAGCUCAGAUUUCCAUUGAGUUUCCUGAACUUGCUAAGCAAAAGAAAGUAUGUCCUAAUUCAGGCUUGUCACCAAUUGAAGAAGCCUCUUUGGAAUAUACAUCAGAUGAUUAUGAUGAUGGAGAUGAAGAUGAUGCUUUUCCUCUGAAAGCAUUAGCCACCAAUGUUCAGGAGUUACUUUGGCCAGAAGUUAAAGUUCAUGCAGAAUAUGCUCCUUUCUUAAGCUAUGUGAAAAAUACAAAUGAACCAAGUAAUGCAAAUAACAGUAGCACUUUAAGGGAUGGACAAAACAAAACAGCCGAUUGCCUUGUGGAGCAAGAAGCAAGCCAGAUUUUACAUUAUGAGUAUAAUCAAAAGCUGUCUGCACCCUUUUUUACAGACCAAAUAAACUCACCUUCUCUAGAAAAUAUCCAGCUUGAAAAUGUCAGUUUAGCAAAUAUGACAACUGCAUGGACUUACUAUCUUGCAAACUCAGCCUCUCAGUCAUAUACAAAUAUCUUUGGAUACGAAGAUUAUAAGGAAGUAACAGAAGACAUAUUCUGUUGCUCAGAACUGCUUUCUCUGAGUGGGACAGAUGGCAACAAUUCUAGCUCAAUGACCAGAAACAUAAAUGUGGAAGCACAAAGUGGAGACUGGAGAACAGCAAAAGUUAAAAAUAAUAAGAAUGUUUGUCCAGAUUUCAUGGGAUAUGAGGAAGGAAAUCCACUUUUACAUGAAACUGCAUUUUCAGAAAACAUCUUAAUUAACCAAGAGUCUAUUCUGUGGACUAAAGGUGAAAUCCUUGGAAAAGGAGCAUAUGGCACAGUAUACUGUGGACUUACAAGCCAAGGACAAUUAAUAGCUGUGAAACAAGUAGCCCUGAAUGCAUGUGACCAAGCUGGGAAUAAAAAGGAAUACCAGAAACUGCAAGAAGAAGUUGAGAUUUUGAAAAACCUAGCACACGUCAACAUUGUAGGGUACUUGGGAACAAGUUUAGAAGAUAACAUAGUAAGCAUCUUCAUGGAGUUUGUUCCUGGUGGUUCCAUUUCCAGUGUUAUUCAUCGCUUUGGACCACUGUCAGAAAUGAUAUUUUGUAAAUAUACAAAGCAGAUUGUACAAGGAGUUGCAUAUUUACAUGAAAACCGUGUGGUCCACAGAGAUAUUAAAGGAAACAAUGUUAUGCUUAUGCCUAAUGGCAUAAUCAAACUUAUAGACUUUGGAUGUGCAAAGCGCUUAGCCUGCGGGAGUCUGACUAAUCCACAUAGUGAACCACUGAAAUCUGUACAUGGCACUCCAUAUUGGAUGGCACCAGAAGUGAUAAACGAAUCAGGCUAUGGAAGGAAAUCAGAUAUCUGGAGCAUUGGCUGCACUGUUUUUGAGAUGGCCACUGGAAAGCCACCAUUGGCUGCCAUGGAUAAAUUAGCAGCCAUGUUUUAUAUAGCUGUUCACAAAGGACUUAUGCCUUCACUACCCAAACAUUGCUCAGAUGAAGCAGUUGAUUUUGUACAUCUAUGCUUAACAAGGGACCAACAUGAGCGGCCUACUGCCUUAGAAUUGUUGCAGCACCCUUUCAUAAUAAGAAAUUCAUGAAACCUGGCAAUGCUUCUAUCAAGCAGAUAUAAACUGUUUUGUGUGGAAAAAUGUCUUCUAAAUUGAGGAACUGUUGGUAUAAAACUUGUAAAAGUUGCUGAAAUAGUAAAUCUUUAUCUUUUCUAAAUGAACUUCUGAAACAGGAUUUAGCAAGUGAGUAUGUGUUUGUGUGUGUGUGCAUGUAAAUAAGUUCAAAACAUCCCUAUCAGGCUUUUUUUACUCAAACAAUUCAAUAUUCCUGCCUUUCCCCCCCUCUUAGAUCGAUAAGCUUUUGGAACAAUUUAUAACUCUAAGUCAAAGUAACUAUUUUUAUAGUCCUGGACAAAAACAAAAGUAUUCUCAAACCCUUUAGAUUCUGGCAUAAAAUGAAGAAUCCAGUGUAAAUGAUCAGCACACAAAGUAUUCCUGAUAAUCUCAAAUUUUGGUUAAUUAUUUGGUUAAUACAAACCUAUUGUAUUACAUGUAAAUGUGGGAAUGCUAAACCACAAUCCAGUGCAAAUGUCCUCAGACAUAAAUCCAGUGGUGGGAGUCAGCCAGUUCGCACCACUUCGGGAGAAUCAGUUGUUAACUUUCUGAGCAGUUUGGCAAACUGGUUAUUGGAAGAAAUCAUUAGGGCAGAGGACCGGUUGUUAAAUUACUUGAAUCCCACCACUGCAUAAAUACUUUUAUAUUAACCAUUGGAUCACCAUUAUAGUGUCUAUUUGUAUAUGUUAAGCAAUAUUACAGAUAGAUGGAACUUGUUACUCAUGUUUACAUUUAUCCAGAUAGGCAGUUCCAACGAAGUUCAAAAACUAUUUGAAUUUUUUUUAAAACAACAUUCAAAUAUAGACAGACAUUUUGUGCAUUGCGAAGCUCAUUUAACUAUUCUAUUUCAGGGUAUUUGGAGACAUGCAGCUAGUCUAAGCUGCCUUUUUAAGGGGCUCUACCCACCUGCUCAUUUGCGGUUUCUUGAUUCAUUCUCUCUCCCUCCUCUUCCUCCCUCUCUCUCACCUGUAGAUAACAUGAUCUGCAUUUUUCAUGGUAUUUUGGUUAAAAUACCGGUAAUUUGAUGUUUGGCUGCAAUAUGUAUUUGUCACUUUGAAUGUACAUUAAAAGUUACAUUAAGUAACUUUUCACUUUGAAUGUACAUUAAUCGGCAUACAUUAAAAUGAAAUUUUGUUGCACACAGCUCUCAAACGGUCUCCACAUCCAAUAUACACAACAGAAACAUGACAAAUAAAAAAACACAAAAUUAUGCAUAUACACACAUAUAUGACAUGGAGAAACAACAGUACAUGGUGAGAAAAACAAAGUUUGCAAAUUUACCAGACAGAUGGCAUAGGGAACAAAGCUGUUACAGAAUCUGGUAGUCCUGCUAGAAAUACUUUGAAACCUCUUCCCAGAGGGGAGCAACAGAAACAGACUAUGAAGUGGGUGCUUGGGGUCUCUAGCAAUGCUUUGAGCUCUCGGCACAUAGCACUUAUCAGCAGUAUCCUGAAUAAUGGGAAGGGAGCUUCCUAUAAUCUUCUCAGCUGUCCUUACCACUCUCUGAAUCAGUGUUGGGUUUCUAUCGGUUCUUCCCGGUUCGGGUGAACUGGUAGCAGGGCAGCAGGAGGCUCCAGCCAUCAUCACGGAUGCUCAGCGUAUGCGCAGGUUCUGUGUAUGCACACACGUGCUCACAGUUCCAAACCAGUAGUGAAGGUAAGUGAAAACCACUAAUGCUCUGGAUGGACUUUCUCUCCGAGACACUGCAGCCACCAACCAACCAGUGAUGCAGUUUGUUAAAACGCUCUCAAUUGCGCCUCUGUAAAAAGCCAGGAGAGGAGAAAGAAGUGCUUUCCUCAUCUGACCCGGGAAAUGCAGACACUGGUUUGCACACUUCACUAAGGAUGAUGUGCGGAGACCAGAUUGUUAGUUAUCUGCACCCCCAGAUACUUAAUACUGCUGACCACCUCUAUAGCUGCAUUCUUGCUUGCUUUCUAAAAUCUAUGACCCACCACUGCUGUGUCAUCUGCAUACUUCAUAAUGAUUUGUAGCAGUUUUGGCACAGCAGCUGUGGGUCAUCAAGGUGAACAGUAGUGGACUGAAGACACAGGUUUCCCUGUGGGAAACCUGUACUCAAGGAGAUGGAGGCUUUUCUCCCAACUUGCACAAACUGGGGCCUUUCAAUAAGGAAAUCCAGUAUCCAAUGGACUUAUAUGCAAGUAUACACUGUAUAUAUUCACUGAUAAGCUGAAACUCAUUAUUUUUGAAUGCAUCUGGGAUUCUAAAAUACUUGGUUUAUUUGCAAGUAUAUACAGUAUAAAUUAAAAUUGUAUUUACUGGAAUUUAGUUAUAUUAAGAAUUGUUUUUAACACUAUGCUUGCAAAUGGAAGAACAAUUUCCUCACUACCUUUAGCUCCUUUCUUAUGUACCUUUUGGUUUCCAUUGUAAACUUCUUCACAUUGGAGUCAUCCUAUCCUGCAGUUGUCCUGCCAUCCUCCAUUUCACUCAGAUUUACAUCAUUGUCAGCAUUCAUAUGUAUUUAUGUUCAUAGCAGUCCUCUACCUUGUUUCUUGCUGCUCUAUAAAACAUUUCUUCACUGUUUUUAGCAAAUGUAGCUUUACAAUGAAAUCUUUAUGAAUUGCAGUAAUCUGGGAACACAGAACCUAGUAAAAAUGUACCCUUCCUAUAUUACUUCCUAUGUAAAAACAGUAAUUGAGAAGCAUGCAGAUUUAUACAGAAUAAGAAAUCAAACUUCCCUUAAUUUCACAUUAGCUUUUUUGUACUAAAUAUACCCUCAUCUAGAAAUAAAUUACUAGUUGGCUGCCUUCCAUCUUUCAUACUUGAAACUGCAGGGAAUUCUGAUAAUUUUUAUAAAGAUCUCUGUAUUUGGAGUCUUGCAGUUUCUGUAUGUUAAAUAUUUAAAAUGCUUCCCAAAACCAUAUAUGCCAGUUGCUCAUAUUCUUUUUAAUGGGUAGUUAAGAAAUUUGAAAGCUUCUUUUAUUGCAUGGUUCUGGAAUUGACCAGAUCAUAGCAGCUAAUUGGAAAGGAAUUUUUUUCUGAAGUAAAUAUUUUAAGCUAGUAUUGUUAAUUCCCUCACAUAGCAAUGGAUGUGCCAAUCCCAAUUCUACCAAGUCUAUAAUUUAUUCAAUCUUAAAUAUGAGCCACCUCAAAAAGCCAUAUUUAAAUGCAAGAAUCAAAAUCAUGCAUGUAUGAGUUAAUCAAAGCUCAGUACAGUAGCCUUGUCAAAAUCAAUGAAACGGCAGUAGAUAGAAAUGUGGCAUUUUCAGGGUUGGGCUUUGGGCUAUCACUUCUGAUGACUGACAAGGUCUGCUGAGGUUCAUUGUAACUAUAGUCAAAAUCAACUUAUCUAUACUCCUAUGACCGAGCUUCGCAAUGAUUAUGCUUUUUUCCUCCACAGAAUGAAAGCUUAUUUUCCUUUGGCAAAAAACAUCUGUUUUCAGAUUUCAAAUUUCUUACACCCAUUUAAUGAUUAUUUGUUACAAUACAAAAUGUCUAAUUUUCUCCCCAUUUCUUUCAAUUUUCCUGAACUUUAGUUAUUUAAAUCAGAUGCUGCUAUAUGCUACUAAGCAUUGUUCCAUCCCUGGAUGUAUUCUUACCCAAGACUAUUUCCUUGUAACUUCACUCCUCUUCUAUAAGUUUCAUCUCCAAUUUCUCUUUGCUGUUUGUUGCUUCUACAGCACAAAUACAAAAAAACCCUCCCUCUUUAUUUCAGACAUUGUCUAACUAUUCUCUGAAUGGAAUAUAGAUUCCUUAAAGGAAUAUUUGAAUGAGAGGAAAAUACCAUAAAUUUCUAAAUUAAAAGUAAUUUUAAGUUAAAAGCUAGAGCCACAUGGAAUACAAAGUUAGCAACUUCAGGUGUUAAGUUGGUUUUCAGAGAUACAUUUUAUACAUUUUAAAAUUUUAAAUAGUGCAUGAGCUCCUAGGGAGCCUGACAUAUGCUUUAAACAGGAUAUACACACUGACUACACAGAUAAAUUAUUUCAAAUUAAGUUUAGAAUCUAAGAAUAUGAAUAAAAUUCCUCCACUGAAAACAGCAGCAAGAGAUCAAACGCUUCUUCCUUGCGAUUUUUCUCCAAAUUUCAUGUCCAAGAGUAGACACUGAAUUUCAUUUUUACCAAAGUAAAUGUCCAGGAGUUAAGUCAUCAGAUUAUGCAACUUGUUUUAGCACUUAACGAUAUUUAUCUUUCUUGGGAGCAUUUGUUCUCCCCCGGAGUAAAUUUCUUAACUAUAGGAGUUAACAAUGAUUAUAAACAAUGAUAAUGGAUUAUAAAAUUCAGUAACUUUAGAUCAUAUUAAUUGUAAAGUGAAAAUGCAACUAGAUCAAAGAAUUAAGCCAUUACAAUUCCAUACACUCUAUAAACUGCAUUGAGUUACAUGGAAUAGACAUCUGCUGUGAGUUUGUGUGCCUAAAAAGGGGAAGAUUUAUAUAAACCCCUCAAGCAAAUAUUCCAGUGUGCCACCUAAAAGUACAUUCCAAGUGAAGUAAAAUAAUCCUUCCUCUUCCUCCCCAGUAGGACCCAUUUUCUAUGAACAGGAGUUCUUGUAUUCAAGAAACAGCAAGUACUUCUACAUUAACAUAUUAAGUAAAAUUCUACAGAUCUGUUAAGAGUUUGAUCAACAUCAUAAAAUUUGGAUUCUUUAUUUGCAGCUCUUCAAUUAGGUUUAUAUCUUAAAGAGAAUCCAAUUUGUAGGAAAAUGAAAAUGUAAAAAAAAAAUCCAGUCUGUAUAUAGUAAAUUUAAAGACUAGAGGAGAAAGGGCAGUCUUAAAUCUCAAUCCUAUGGAGAAACUUGUGGAGAAAUACAAAGGACUGGGUUCCAA